AACCCGCUGUUACGUGAGACCCGCAGGAAAUAUUCUUCAGAAUCGUUCGUACGCGGUCGCGCAUAUUUUUGAGUGGUGCCUGAAGCGCGUUGUUUGUGCUGAAAAUAUGGGUGCGAAUUUGCUUGGUGUCGUUAUUGCGUUGAUAUGUUUGCACUACGGUGAUGCACUUCAAUGUUGGAGAUGUUCUAGUGAUAUAGAACCGGCUUGCCGUGACCCCUUCAACUUCACGAAUUACAUAGGAGGAGGUGGUUACAACAACUACGGUAGCCAGGGUUAUCAAAGCGACUACGACAGAAAUCGACAAUAUGAUAGCCAAUACGACAGAAACUACGAUAGGAACUACGAUCCCAACUACCAAAGGGGCUACAACAGGCCUGCUCAACAAUUUUCUGGAAGGACGUAUCCCCAGUUAGUCACAUGCGAUGAUAACGAAGCUAACUUGAGAAGGAUGAAGAAUAUCUGUUACAAGAGGAAACAGACGAAUGCUAAUGGUUAUACGACCAUCAUCAGAAGAUGUGAGACUGUACCUUUGGAUACAUACGCAGGAACCUGUUACGAUCCAGUCCAAAGGGGCAUCAGUGUCGAUUUUUGCGAAUACUGUGACUAUGAUGGUUGCAAUUCCGCCACCGGGUUGAAGAUUACUUACUUGACAGUUCUUAUUACAUUAAUUGUAUCGUUGAUCCUUCCUAAGUUGUGAAUUAAGUGCGCGUUAGUUGACUUGAUUAUUUUAUAAGUGAAAGGUGUUUAUGGAUUUUGAAGACACGUGGACAAUCUAACAUAUAUUGUUUUAUAUAGAUGUGUUAAGUUUUUCUGCAUAUAGUAGAUCUAUUGGUUAAAUUCUCAUGUUUCACUUUUAGUAUAUUUAUUUGAAAAAUAAAAUUUAUUAACAGUU